AAACUGGAAUGUGUAUUUAUGUAUCAAGAGUUAGUCCGACCACCAUUUUUACUUCGGUACCGGAAGAAAUUGAUGGUGGAAUUGUUGGAGUAAAUCGAUCGGGGCAGAGAAAUGAUUUACCAGGUAUUGAAGAUAUAUGUUCAGAUGAUACAGACAUUUCUG